GCGUUCUAAAUUUAGCACAAGAAUAACCCAGACAGGAAAUUUCCACAUCAUCUAUUUUUACAUGCACUUAUUCUAAAUUGACUUGUGUGUUAUCGUAUUUAAUUUCAUUCUACUACUACAGACAAAGAUGUAUACAGACAAAGACGACCAUGAGUAUUCAGAUCCCUCUGACAAAUUACUUAAUGAGAAGGAAAGUGAUUGUGUUGUUGGUAUGAAGUCCAAUGGCGGGAAACAGACGAAAAAUACACAGCGACAAAUAUUUACAUGUGUUUGGAUUAAAAAAUGGAAAUGGAAAGUUUUGUUUGGUAUCAUAGCAGUGUGUAGUAUCGUCUCCGUUGCAUUAUCAUUAUACAAAAUGGCGAAUUUGUCCCUUGAUGAGAAAAAGAUAUCCAGUAUGGAAAAAGACAUAUUAGAUAUGAAACAACAGAAGACAAAAUUUGAAAAUGACAUUAGAUUAUUGUAUGCUGGGCAUUACGAUCAAAAUGACAACUUGGACACAUUAGAAACAGUUCUUCAGAAUAUAACUGUGACCUUUAACGAGCGCAUCAAUAAUCUUACAACAGAACUAAAUACUUUAAAUUCAGAAUAUGAACGUCAAGUUAGACAUCAGGAGGAAAUGCAAAAACAGAUUGAUGUCAUGGGAACAGAAAACAGAAAGAAGUUUGAAGAAUUCAACCAAAAGAUGAUCGUUAUGAAGCAAAACUUAAAUGAUAUGACUGCAUCCCAGGAAGUUCUGAAAAAUGACCUGAGAGACACUCAAAGUAGUUUACGUAGGGAAACCAAAAACGCAGUCGAUAAGAUACGGAAUGAUUUCAGAGCAGCACAACACAAGUUAGAAUCUGACUAUAGAGAGACUCGAAACUCACAGAAUGAACUUAAAGCAGAGCAGCAAUCUCUUCGCAGUAUGUUACUGGGAAAACUUUCAGAUCUAAAGGAACAAGUUCAGUCCAAAUCAAACGCCGGUCCGAUUACUCGAAGCUCGGUUGGACUCAUUUUUGUUUUACUGUUAUCCAUCCGUUUAUUCUUUUGAUUGGUUCUUUAUUCACCGGGCGAGACGAGGAUCCUGGUGAAUGUCUUCUCUGCACCUUGUGCAACGACGGAACUGUCGAAGAUGAGAAACAUUUCUUACUAUACUGUAAAGCUUACAAUAAUGUGAGUCUGUAUAAGAAAUGAACUUCUUUACAAGUAAAAGUUUCACAUUAAUUUUGCUUACUGAACAUAUAAAAAUCUAAGUUUUAAGUGGCUAAUGUGUAAUUUAAAUUAACUAUUGUAUUAUUAGUAUGUAAUAAUGUUUUUAUUCUUAUGUACACAUGUCACUAUAAUAACGAUCUUCUUAAUCACUUUUCACAACGAUAUACUAUAUAUUUGAUAUUUUGUACCUUUGCAAUAAAGUCAAUAUUUUUAUUUUUAA